GAUUGGAUGGAGCCAUGUCUUAAACUCUUGUUAUUGGAAGACUCACCAUAGUGUACAUAACACCAUAACACGGCUGGCUUGAGUCCUGCUUAAUUGUUUUAUAUAUCCAGUCCUCUCUCGGGAACAUGUUCAACAUGCUAGUAUAGAGGCUGUCAGGUGAUUCUCACGGACAGACAACAACAUGAGUCGCUUUCUGAACGUCCUGAGGAGCUGGUUGGUGAUGGUGUCCGUCAUCGCGAUGGGAAACACCCUGCAGAGUUUCAGAGAUCACAGCUUUUUAUCAGAGAAGCUCUACACGGGCACACCAGAGUUUGUGAACGGUCUCCAAGCUCGAACAUUCGGUAUCUGGACGUUGCUGUCGUCGAUCAUUCGCUGCUCUUGUGCCAUUGAUAUCCAGAACAGAACGCUGUAUCACAUCACCUUGUGGACAUUUGUGCUGGCGUUGGGCCACUUCCUGUCUGAAGCCUUCAUCUACAAAACUGCUCCUCUGACUAUCGGGGUCAUGGCACCUCUCAUUGUGGCAAUGACCACCAGACACCAGUGGACUUAUCCUAGUGUGCUGCUUCUUGCCUUGAAGAACAUGAGAUCUGGAUCUACAUUAAUGUCCUACUGUAACACUUUCUAUAGGCUCCAUACACCGCUCUAUCUGGACUGUAUUUCAUGUUUUUUAAACUGACAUUUUGUAGUUCACAGUGCAAUCAGAAACAGUUUGACAAAAGGUUUAUAUGUUAUAAUUAAUUAAUUCUCAAGUGAUCAAUACAUGUUGGUUUCAUUUAGUUAAUUUUGUAGUAUUUGAACUGUCAGUGCUGAAUGAAGUGUGUCUAUGCUCAUAAUUAAUUCAGCGUAGAUUUCUUUGAGAAUGUUUUAUUUCUCCAGACAUCCACUUGUACAUUGUUUUCAAUUCAUGAUCUACCAAAGAACUCAGAUGACAAUACAGUAUAAAAUUAUGCUCUUCAUUACAGUCUAUUAUUCCUAUUAACCAGUCAUUCUUGAUGUUUGUACUGUGCUGUGAAAUGUUUGUAGGAAUUUAAUAUGCACAAUAAUUGUCCUAUAAAACUUUUAAAAAAUGAAA